AUGGCUACAUGUCCUCACAUACUGCUAGCAAUACUCUGUUUGUUGGGAACAUUGACUGUAUGUAGGGGGGGUAUUUGGGCCUAUGUGAAGUGGGACGCGGGGGGGCCACAGGUGGGGCUGGCGGAUAUUGAGGAGGAAAUACCGGAUGAAGCGGUCGCUUCCGGCUACUAUAGCAACGAGAUUAAUAGUACUGGUUGGUCCAACCUCAUUGCUCCCGCCUACGCUACUAACCUCCUUGCUCCCACCCACACUACCAACCUCCUCACCCCCAGCUGGGCAUACCUGGAGGUGAAAACGUCAGCAUCAGCCCCGGACGAGCGACAGGCGUACUCCGCGGGCGUGGUCGAGGGGUACCUCAGCCGGGACCUCAUCUGGUACCACUGGAUGAACUUGCUGCAGGACUACUGCAUUAACAAGUCGAGCGUGUGUGACAUGGUGGAGAAAUUCAUAGACGACAACGAGGAUUUCGUCGGUAGGAACCUCGAGAGGAAUCCCGAGGAUCCCUACUGGUACCAGGUGAAGCUGUUCUACAUUCAGCUGGAGGGGCUGGCUUACGGCUACAACGGCGCCACUAAAAACCCCGAUGAGAAGCUGUCUUUGCGAGAUGUUUUCUGGUUGAACCUCCUAGGCGACCUGGACGAGCUAGCCUACGCACUGGUGGUCCGACACAACGGCUCGGCGCCGGCGCCCGACGCGGACGAGCGCUGCACGGGGCUGGUGAAGCUGCUGCCCGACCACAGCGACCUCUAUGUGGCGCAUGUUACUUGGAACAGCUACCAGUCCAUGCUGCGCGUGCAGAAGAUGUACGACCUGCAGUAUGGGGCGACGCCGUCGUGCCGGGAGAAGCUGCCCGGCCGCCGCAUGACCAUGUCUUCCUACCCGGGUUUUGUACAGUCGUCAGAUGACUUCUACGUCGUCUCAUCUGGCCUAGUGGUAGCAGAGACAACCAUCGGCAACACAAACGCCUCUCUCUUCCUAGAGGUGCAGCCCGAGGACUCUCUCUUCGAGUUUGUCCGAGCGAUGGUCGCGAGCCGCCUGGCUACCAGCGGGGAGCAGUGGGCCUGGUUUUUCAAGCGGUACAACAGCGGCACUUAUAACAAUCAGUGGUACAUAGUGGACUACACCCGCUUCAGCCCCGCCGCGGGCAGGGCGCCGGCGCGGCUGCGGCGCGGCCUGCUGUGGCUGCUGGAGCAGGCGCCGGGCUACACCGCCUCUGCUGACAUAACGGAACAGCUAACAAAGGAGUCCUACUUCGGUUCGUACAACAUCCCUUACUUCAAGAAGAUGUUCGACCUGACCGGCGGCAUGGAGCGCGUGCGCAGCUUCGGCGCCUGGUUCGGGUACGACACCAACCCGCGUGCGCUUAUCAUACGGGAGCAACAGAGUACAAUAUCAUCCCUGCGCGAUAUGUACCGCGUGGCGCGCUACAACGACUAUAAACACGACGCGCUGUCGCGCUGCCCCGAGUGCCGCCCGCCGUACAGCGCCUGCAACGCGAUAGCUGCCAGGAACGAUCUCAAUCCCGCUGAUGGUUGGUACCCCUUCCGCGCGCUCGGGCACCGCAGCCACGGCGCCACCGACGCCAAGAUCACGAGCUACAAGCUGCACAAGCAGUUGAAGUUCAUCGCCGUCUCGUCGCCGCCGCACAACACUAGCCGCGGCCUGCCGCCCUUCCGAUGGUCCAAAUUUGACCUGAAAGUACCGCACAUGGGCCACCCUGACUUGUGGACCUUUCCGCCGGUGGUUCACUCGUGGAACCACGGCGGUGACGGUACCACCAAUGAUGAUGAUUGACUGAGGACUCUUUACUAUUGUCUGGUGUAUUGUGCUGGAAGAAAAAUAUUUCCUGAACAGGCUGAAUAGAACCUAAAUAGAAAUAUUGAGAGUAAUUUGGAUAGAUUAUCGGUGUAUCUUGCACUGAUAUUUAUUAUGAAUGUGACCUAGCAGACUGUGAUAAAAUGGUAAAAAACGAUUAUAGUUUAGUAAUUGAAUCAAUCAUUCGUAAGGUAAUUAUUUUAAAUUGAAAAUUUUAAUUUAUUGUGUUUAGAAUAUUUUAUUUCUUAAUAAGUAUAUGUAAACUAAACAAUAAUAAUAUAAUGACAUUCAUUUACAUACUAACAGCAAGUAUAUUUUAAUGUGAUUCUUACAAUAAUAAGUUUUAUAUACAAGAUGUCUAUAUUUGAAACAGUUCAUGGAAUGAAAAUGAGUAUUUCCCUACUUACUAGGUAAUUUAUUUGUAUAAACAAAGCAAUUUAGUAAAUAAAUAUUUUAUUCAACUA